AGUAAUCCUGUGAAGUCCAUAAAAGAGGAACGAUGGGACGAUGAGCAGACAGAAAAGAGAGACUGCGAGAAGAAAGACUCGUCUUUGUCUUGCAGCUGCUUUUUUGGCUUUUUCUCUUUGCAGAGGUUCCGUCCUCCAACAAAACAACCUCCAAGAUGAACGCAGCAGCAGAAGGCAACAAGGCCGCUCCUCCUAAGUUCAAGCAGAAGGAGACCAGGCAGUUCAAGAGCAAGGCUCCUAAAGCCGGACAGAAGGGCUUCGACAACGACGUCCCAGGGAUGGAGGGGCUAGGAGAUUCUGCAGUCGUCUGCCCCUGGGAGGCGUUCGGUGACAUGGAGCUCAGCGACCUGGCUCAGUUUGGCAUCGUUUAGAGCCCACAGAGCUGGACUCCUACCCCGGGCCUGGACAGAUGUUGCCUGACAGGGUUUAUGUGCUGAAGACGAAGAGCGUUCAGGGAUUCUAUCCAGUGCUGCAGCAGCGUUCACUGUGGUGCACAUCUCUGCAGUCCCAGGGUUUAUCUAUAUCUGCCAUAAUCAAACCCAGUAGAGAGAUUCUAGUCUAUUCUUCUAUAUUUUAUUCUAUUUUAUUAUAUUUUAUUCUGUUCUGUACUGCAUUAAUACACUUUAAACAAGAACUACCUCUUACUUUAAUUUCUUGCACCUAUUAUCCAUCUUUUUCUUUGUCUGUAGUUCUAUAAAUCUGUAAUUUACACGGAAACGUAACAAAGUCACGAAAUAUCCUGCAGGUGUUAAAUAUAUAAAGUUAUUUUCAUCAUACCACCUGGUUUCUUCUGUUUUCUUUCCCCAUUAUUUCGUAAGUUACAGGAUAUGUAUCUCUUGACUUUUUAUUAUCAAACAAUAAAGCAGCCAAUGUGAUUUUAA